UUUUUCCAUUUCUUACGCACCAGCUCCUCAUCCCCUGAUUUUCUCUUUUCCUUUUUUAAGUACAAAUCCGUUUGCUUUACCAAUUUUUUUUUUUUUUUUUUUCACUUUCCAUUACACAAUCUCAACAACGAACCUGAAUUAAUUCUCUUCCUUCUUCUUCCCCCUCCCCCUCCUUUUUUUUUUUUUUGUCAAAUUUUUUAAUUUGCUGAGUGUUUGGGAUUGAUGAAAAGGAUGAUGGUACUGGGGAGUUGGGUGGUACUCGGAUUUGUGUGACAAUGAUGGAAUCGCGUGGCAUGGAAUUUGGGGUUAUGAAUUUCUCAGCUGGUUCAUUGCCUCCAAACAACACCAUAGUCGGAUGCCGAUCCCAUUUGCGAUCGGCAUUCGAUUCCUUCUACAUUGCCUCCGAAGCUUUCUCCAAGCCACGUCGCCGUUUCGCUCUCGUCAGGGACCAAAACCAGCCAUCGCUUUGAUCCCCCAAUCUCAACAACUUUUACCUCAUAAAAAAACACUUGGUUCUACUUUUUACCUUGUCUUUUUGGUAGCUGUUUGGUUCUUGGCAGGAAUGAAUCCCGCGCCUGGAAUGGUGUUGUUGCCUUUGAAAACUGCAUCCUUUGGGAUAACGGAUUCGCUUGAUCCUGGAUCUGAUUAUGUAGAAAAAGAUCCUACUGGUCGAUAUGUUCGGUUCGACGAGGUCUUGGGCAGGGGUGCUUUUAAGACUGUUUUUAAGGGUUUUGAUGAAGUGGAUGGAAUAGAAGUAGCUUGGAACCAAGUAAGGAUUGACGAUGUCUUGCGGUCGCCAGAAGAUUUAGAAAAAUUAUAUUCCGAGGUUCAUCUCCUAAGAUCAUUGAAACAUGAAAAUAUCAUUAAAUUUUAUAGUUCCUGGGUAGAUGAUAAGAAGAAAACUGUCAACAUGAUCACUGAGCUCUUCACAUCUGGAAGUCUGAGGCUAUACCGUAAGAAACACAAGAAUGUGGAUAUGAAGGCCAUAAAGAAUUGGGCGAGGCAGAUUCUUCGAGGCUUAGUCUAUCUCCAUAGUCACAAUCCACCCAUUAUUCAUAGGGACUUAAAGUGCGAUAAUGUUUUUGUUAAUGGAAAUAAUGGAGAAGUUAAAAUUGGAGAUUUAGGACUAGCAAUUGUCAUGCAGCAGCCUACUGCUCGAAGUGUUAUUGGUACUCCUGAAUUCAUGGCACCAGAGCUUUAUGAAGAGGAAUAUAAUGAACUCGUUGAUGUUUAUUCUUUCGGAAUGUGCAUGUUGGAGAUGGUUACCGUUCAGUAUCCUUACAGUGAAUGCAAAAAUCCAGCCCAAAUUUAUAAGAAAGUCACCUCUGGCAUAAAACCUGCUUCUCUCGGCAAGGUGAGUGACCCCCAAAUUAAGGAAUUCAUUGAGAAAUGCCUUGCUCCAGCGUCAGAGAGAUUGUCAGCAACAGCACUUCUAAAAGACUCGUUCCUCCAAUCUGAAAAUCCCAAGGAACCAAUACUCACUCCUUUGCAGUUCCAUAACCAGAGCCCCAAAUCUGGGCCGUUGUCCAUGGAGAUAGAUUCUGACUAUAAGCAACUUUCUUCAAGCACGUGUACAGGAAGCAACAUCGAAAGUCCGAAUUGGCCAGUCUCAGAGUAUCAAAGUCCAUUUCUAGAAUAUCAGAGGAUGCAUAAAAAUAAUAAGUUUAGAUUGCGGGGGAAGAAAAAUGAUGAGAACUCAAUAUCAUUGACCCUGCGCAUCGCUGAUUCACAUGGUCGAGUGAGAAAUAUACAUUUUCUGUUUUACCUUGAUACUGAUACUGCACUAUCAGUAGCCAGUGAAAUGGUUGAACAACUUGAAUUAGCGGAUCAUGACGUGGAUUUCAUUGCUGAGUUUAUUGAUUAUCUCAUUAUGAAACUUCUACCCAGUUGGAAACCAUCAUCUGAUUAUUCCUCGAGUGGAGCAAUAAGUCUCUAUGAUACAUCCCCGAGAGUUGAGAAUCACAAUGCAGCAAUGGGGUACCCAUGGGAUUCAUUGCUUAACGACGUUUCAUCUGAUUUCAUGAUUGAGCAAGAUGUUCCUGACAUGAAUACAAACCCUGAAGAAGGUUGCUUACAAGUCCAUACGGAAGGCAUGUCUGGUAACGCUGAUAGUGAUGUUUCUCAUGGAGACUAUCAUUCUUCUCCAAGCUUGGCCAAUUUGGAAGAUCUAGAAUCUCAAGCUUCAAUUGAUUCAGAAAUACUGAUUGAAGAUACUCCACUAAAAGUUGAGAGCGCAUCUGAAGCUGCUGAUCAAAACAUGGGUGGAUGCUCUAAAGCCUUAAGUGAAUAUGCCUCUGAACUAGAACUAAGUGAUGCACAUGAUGAAGGCAAAGCACAAAUAAAUGGUGGCAUUGGCGAUGAAUGCAUCCCAAUGAAUGACAUUGGAGAGAGUUCAGAGUUGUCAUUUCCCAAUUUACUUGAAGCAUCUAAUAUUAUGAGCUUAGGAAGCAGCAGUAACUCUUCUGUGUCGUUAAGUGAGAGAGAUCUUGAUGCAGAGCUAAAGCUGGAACUUGAGGCAGUUGAGCAACAAUAUCAACAAUGGUUUCAAGAGCUUUCUAGGAUGAGAGAGGAGGCACUGGAAUCAACCAAAAAGAGAUGGUGGGCAAAAAAAAAGCUUGCGGUUCAUUGACUCAGGAACUUCAACAAUUUUUUUAGUUUAUUCACUUGCUUUUUAUGUUGUCCGUUCUCUUUCUUUAAGGGCUGUAAAAAUAUGGAGUGAAACCUCCUGUAAAUUUUAUGGAUGCGACUCUUUUUUUGUGGAAGUCGCAAUCCACUUGGGUAUAUGUUGCUGUGCUUUCGGAGAAAAUUUCCUGUUGUUCGUCUGAGAGUGCACUUUGUAUAGAAUUUUCUAGAUUUGUUUAUCUAUAUAUUAUUUUUUGCUACUUA